AUGAAACAAAUCGUGUAUUCAUGCAUGCUCGCCGCGCUUCUCGGCGCUGUGGUCGCACGGAAUGCACCGAAAGGCGAGGUCUAUACUGAGAAAGAUCCAAACAACUAUAUGCAGGAUCACAUGGCCUCAGAACAUCACAUCGGAGCGUUUGAUCUCGCGAGCUUCUUUGCACUACAUGACUUAGACCGCAAUGGCAUUUUAGAACGUGCAGAAAUCGAAGCCAUAUAUGGUGUACAUCAUUCCUUGUCUCGAAAGCACUCGCAGAAUGCUGAAGUCCACGACGGCAAAGCAGACAUGAUUGUUCGAGAAGUUUUGCGCCGACUUGAUACUAACAAAGAUGGUGUGGUUUCGCGAGCGGAAUUUUUGCGUGGUGGUAAGGCUGGCCUUCCACAAUUCCCUGAGUUCGGAAAGCAUGCCCUCGGCCAUCACUACGACGACGAGUCGGAGUAUUUUGUCCACCACGAAAGCUUGUACCACAAAACUCCUGAUGAACAGACGGAGGAAGCUUAUUCCCACCCCGAAGAUAUCCAGCAUUUUAACCAGCAUGCACAGAUUGAACGAGAAGAGGAGCAACGGGAGCGUCAAGCUGAGGGACUGCCAUCCAUUGAGGAAGACGAACGACGCAAGAUGCACGCCGAAGCUGUUGGAAAGACAUAUGAGAGCGAAUAUGAUAAGCAGUUCUCGCCAGAGAUGGCGCAACAAGCUAAGGAGUACGAAGCAAUGAGCGAGCUUGGUGCAGCCGGUCGCGAUCUCCUUUCGGGCCAGCAUGUAUUCAAGACACCUAACGGCAUCAAAAAGGUUGAUGCAACAAAAGAGAAUGUCUUGAUGCCACAGGGAAAACUUGGCGAUGAAGAUGCGCCUCCUGUGUUUGCUGUCGGUGACAGUGCCGCACGUGCACCAGCAGACCAUAUCGAUGGUGAAACGGAACUUGGACGCAAGAUCCGUCUGGAUCGAGCUCGGCGAGAGGCUAAUGGACGCCCUCGCUAUGGGCAAGGAUCUAAUGGCUUUGCAAAGCCGCGCGAUGAUCCUGAUCGCCUGCGUGCUGGCAUGCCCUACAAGUACCGUAUGAAGAAGAAUGGUGGCUUUUUGCGUGAGAUGAAUUAA